GUUGGGUUAGUAGUGUUGGGGCCGUCCGCACGUAAUCGUAUCGCAUCGUCCGGAGGAGCAGCGUUAUCGAGGGGUCUGGACAGGAAGGAUUCUAGCGCCGCACGCAUCGGAAUGGAAGUCGCCCCUCGGAGCUCUAUUUAGGUCAGCCUAGGGUUUCCGCUCCCGACCGGCGGUGAUCGAUGACUUAACAUCAACAACGGGAAAAUUUGGCCCCGCAGAACCACAGAGAGAGAGAGAGCUGCGCCAUAUUGGAAAAUUCUAGUCCCGAAUCAAACCCUUUCUCACACACGUUCUGUGAGGUCGCUCUCGGACUACUAGACGAUCACGGUGGGCCACGCGGCGACGGGUACAUUCCAUCGACCGAUCGCAGGGUGUCACGCGGUGCGUGAAGUUUGGUUGUUUGGUGCUCUCCGGAUCAUCCCGUUGACGCUGUAGUGAGGUUUUCGGUGAUCCCUUCGGCGGCACCUCUGCCCGCUCACCUGGGGGCACCGCGAGGUCCACUCGACCUGCGUGUGUGGCGCGUCGGACAGGAAGCGUACGAAAAAUCGGACCAACCCGUCCCACCGCCGGACGAACCCUGUCGCUUUUUGGCUAAAAAUAGUGAAACGAGAGAUAUUUUUACCAUCUUACGGUGUGUUAUUGCCGGCGGGAACCGCGUACGUGUGUGUGUGUGUGUCGCGACAAGCGGGUGACUCAAAGCUACGCAGUACACGCGACGCGGGCCGACCGUGGUGGUGUGGAAAUUAUUUACCUGGCCUCGUUCGCAGACGGCAAAUCCUUGAUCUUUCGAAAGCAUUGAAAUAAAACGACGGGUGGACGGCCCCCGGAUGUGCACACUUGCGGCCAGCAGCGCUGCUUCCGGAACGGGCCGAAUGGGGCUCCAAACGCGACAGGGUAGUGCCGGAAGCUGCGAUUCCGAUGGUUUCGACAGUACACCGGCCGCUGCUGCCGCUGCCGCGCUGCAGUGGUACUAUCUGGCCAACUUGGAUCCGCUUUCGAGCGAUUCAUUACAGAGCUCGAAACUGUUCUCCCCGACCGUUUGGGCCGGAAGUACCGUUCCGUUGCGCACACUGCCAACCGAGAGUUCGUCCCCAGUGAGAGCCGACCAGGAGCAGGACCACGAAUCUCCGCUGCCACUGUUCGCCGACGAUAUUGCGGAACUGUGUGAUCAGUUCGUCGAUCUGGGGCUGUUCGGUGGAGGGCCGAACUUCCGAUCGGCACAAACCUUGGGCACUAGCCCUGGUGCGAACGGUCACUUCAGUCCGGCCCACCAUCAUCAGCCGGUUUACGGCGUGCUCCCGAGAAGCGACUCAACCGCCGUCAACUACGGCCGAUGUGUGUCCCCUUCCGGAAAGCAGCCAUUACCACUGACGAGGCCACAUCAGCCAUACUACCCGUUCCACCAACAGCACCAACAUACGUGUGACGGUGGCCAGGAUGCUGGCUGCCAUCUGCACUCGUAUCACCUUCGCCAUCAUCAGCACCACCACGAGGCGUACGAACCGCAUCAGCAUCCGGCCGGAUUGGUUCCGGAGUGCCAACGGUCGUCACAGUCGCAGACCGUUGGCCACCGGUACAACAAGGUCCCGCCGGUGAACUAUCUGUGCCAUUUGUGUUUCAAGAAGGGCCACUACAUCCGCGACUGUCCGCAGGCUCGCCCGAAAGCGGAAGGAAAAACUCCGUACCAGGGAAAGAAACGUUGCUUCGGCGAAUACAAGUGCCCCAAGUGCAAGCGGAAGUGGAUGUCGGGCAACUCGUGGGCAAACCAUGGCCAGGAGUGCAUCAAGUGUCACAUCAACGUGUACCCACACAAGCAGGUAUGGGAGCGCCGGGCCGGCCAGAAGGACCGCCGCAGUGUUCUAAUGGUGUUCCUGUUUCGUUUCCAGCGUCCUCUGGAAAAACCGGACGGACUGGACGUGUCGGACCAAUCGAAGGUUCACCCGCAGAUGCUGUGCGAAAAGUGCAAAACCCUGGGCUACUACUGCCGAAGAAUACAAUAGCGGCCACCAGGAUUAACGAAUGUGUCUGUAUAUAUAUAAUGAUUACGAGACGCCCACGGGCGGACCGCCCAAUUCUAUGCCCAAAAAUUGUAUUAUUAUUUUGUGCGCUAGUGCAAUCGACACGAAAGUCUAAUCGGUUAACGAUGGAGAGGUAACAACAGUUGGGCACAAUAGGGGGAUAUGGGCGAUUGUUGAAUAAAUC